GUGAUUUUUACAUGUGACAAGCGUUCAUACCAAUCUCAUAAUGGCACAAACCAUAAAUACGCACGCACUUUUACUCGAACUAAAAUUUUUCACAUGAAAAAUCAUUAGAGGAUCACCUAUUUCACAAUGGACAUGAGCGAUCUGUGCCGGCUUUGUGCUAAAAAAGAACCGGAUCUCCAGGACAUUAUCAUCGACGGGCAGAGAACGGCUCUCGUUGAUCAGAUUAUUGAGCUAUUAAAAUUAGAGUAUUCGGAAAACGAUGGUCUCCCUCAAAAAGUCUGCCUGGUAUGCUACAGAAGCAUGGUCAAUAUCCAGCAAAUCAUCAACGCGUUUCGGAGCAAUGAUCAUUUGCUCCGACAACAGCUUCAAGAACAAGACAUCAAACCGGAUAUUUCAAACGACGACUCAUCUGAUCAUGAUAUGUUAACAGUGAAAACGGAACUAUUACUUGAUGAGUCCGAUCCCUUACAAAACUAUGAGCUUGAAUACGAGGAAUGGCUGGAUGAAGGAAACAGUUCGGAAUAUAUUCUUCCUUUAUCCAACUCCGAAUAUCGGACACAGCUUGAACCAGUGGAUGAAGUAUAUGUAGAAAAAAGGAACCAGAAGGAAGCAGCAGUACCAAAGAAAAGAGGACGAAAAAGACGACGUCGUAAAGAAGACAAUAGCAAUCCUUGGUUCAGGAAAAAAUACAAAUGCUAUAUUUGUAAAAUGCAUUCUUUCGAUACAGAUAAACAAUUGUUAGAUCACCUUAAUUCCCACAGGCAUCUAUUGCCGCAAAUCUGCAAGCUAUGCGUCACUGAAACAAUUGAACUGAAGCAAAUUCGUUCGCUGAAUUUGCACAUGAGAAUGCAUACACAACCAAUAAAAUGUGAUCUUUGCGAUCGACGGUACACUUCGGAAACAGGACGCGAAUGCCACAUGCAGCUUGCCCAUCAAACAGAGGGCACCUUUGUCUGUAAAACCUGUGGUAAAGAGUGUGCCUCCUUCGGUGCGCUUCGAUACCAUAUGCAAUACCACACAGGAACACACCGAUGCGAUUUAUGCUCAAAAACAUUUAUACAACGGUACAGUCUGCAGCGUCACAUCAAUCGAGUUCACGAAGGCGGCAAUAAUCUUGAAUGUUCAAUCUGUAGGAAAGUGUUGAAAACCAUAGACGCUUACGAAUUGCAUAUGCAAAAGAUGCACAUACGUCACCGAAAUCGUGUGUGAAAAUGAGGCCGAUGUUUGUUACAAUUCGUAACAAUCGAAAUAAUGGAUUUAAAUAAAAUAUGAAGUUAAUUAUUGAAACCUCUAUCGAAAAGAAAUCUUUCUUUUGUACCUUUAUCAGGUUUCUUUAAAUCAGUGAAGUCAACAUCUAAAGUACAAAACGUAUUCCCCCAAAGGCAGUGAUACUUCACUUCGAACAUCACCAAAUAAAUAUUCAAAUUCUAUGAGACUCCCUCUA